CUCAUCUCUCAACACAAUAUCAUCCUUUUAUCUCUUUUACCCACUCUAAUCCUGUUCCUAAGUCUGUCAAAAGCAUUGUCAAAUCAAGUUAGUGAAAAGCUAUAGAAGAUGAGAUGAGAGCGCUGGAGCAUGGAUCGUGGUUCUUUUCUUUUGACCAUAGCUGAACCAUUAGUUUAUCAUAAUUAACUAAAGCAAAGAGAAUAGCGUAUUCUAGUUCUCAUUCAUUACCUCUGUUUUGUCGGAUGCUGUGUUUUUUUAUAUUUAAAUGGAAAUUAUUUAUUAAAUAUUUAUUGAUUCCUAGUUUAAGUUAUGAAAUAGUGCAUGUUAAGGUGCUUGUUACCAUAUUGUACUAGCUGGGUCCCUGCAUGAAUGAUCUGGAGGUAGAUCAAAUCUAGUGUAUGUUGUUACGUUAUUAUCCUUGCUAGUUGUUGUUUAUAAGAAAAACAAGCCAGCAAGAAUUUAAUUGAUCAUUAAACAUUCCUAAGGAAGCAUUGGUGAAGGCUUUAUACAAGCUGACCUUGUCUUUGAAUCCUUGCAGGUAUGAGCUUCCAGUCUCUUUUCGAUGGACUGGACAAAAGAGAGGCUGAUGAUCCCUGCCAGUACCUUCCAGCUAUACGGACCCCAGGUGAAACUGGUCAAUCGGUUGAGACCCGAACUGCAUGCUGCAACGUCAGAACAUUGUCUGACAGGAAUGCAUGCUUUACUUGCAACAGCAUACAAGAAGCACAAGCUCAGACGGUCAAAGGGACACUUUUGGUAAUGUGUGUGCAUCGUUUAUGGCUUGCUCUUCUUGAUCGCUCAUGAGGUCGCAUGCGAAGGAGACUAUUCUGAAGGGUGGAUUGGGCUUUUCUCCAGGUGUUUCAGGAUUUCGGGUAUUGAUUUGGCUGCUAAGUGACCCCCAAUUGAGCUCUUGUGGUGAUUGGCGAUCAUGGAUGAGAUUAUUCUGCCAGUGAACUGUAAUUUUCUUGCAGAAGAGGACAACCGAAGGAGACCAAGGGAGUCUGGGAUUGAAGGGGAAAAGGUUGGGCAGGUGACAAGUAGGAUGGAGGAGAUAUCUUAAACUAGAAAACUAUCAUGAAAAAGACUAGUAAGAUGAAGGGGAUAUCUAAAAUUUCUGAGGGGUGGUGACAACAGUCAUUGCUGGGGAAUUGACAUAACUGCAGCAGCGAGGUUAUCACUUGUUAGAUACCUGCGGAGGGAGAAUAUCUUUCCUGAGGCUUGACGAACCUGAAUUCCACUACUACAUGAAGCCUGGAGACUGUAAGUUUGGUGCGAGUUUCAUCAUCCUAAUCCCAAAUUGUGUCUUAAGUCCACUGGGUCUUCCCUUGCGUCCUGUAAGUUGACUGUAAUCGAUAGGCCUCAUUGGCUAGUCCUGUGCCUUCCGGUUUGUUAUGAAGUCCUAAACCUUUGUUACUGACGCAAUAAAUUUAUUGGGCUCAGUACCUCUUGCAACUCCACAGUUUAAUCGCAUUGAGUCCCGGAACUGUGAAGCUCGAGCAACAAGCGAGGCGAUUAAACACCAGGAUAGUGAAGCAGAAGCAACACAUGAGAUGAUUAAACCCCAGAGUUCUGGAGAUGGAGCAACAAGCGAGGCACUAAACCCAAGACUCGUGAAGCUGGAGAAACACAUGAGGUGAUUAAUCCUUAGCAUUGUGAUGCUGGAGCAACAAAUGAGGCGAUUCAACCCGAGAAUUGUGGUACUGGAGCAGCAAAUGAAGGCUACCAGGAAUAUGUUCCAGCAAUCAAAUGCUGUGACUAUUAUGAGAACAUAAUCCGAGCACUCAACACCUAGACCUGACCCCAGAGCCACAUCAGCAGCCUCUUGUGGCGUUCAGCUUGAAGUCGGAAAAUCUCAUCAAUGAGACGGAGGUGAUCAUCGAGGAGGAAAAGAGUGGAAGCUUCGUAUGUCGAAGAAUGUUGAAUUGUCGACAAUGCCCUUGGAUGAGGUAUAUUGGAUAUUUGAUGCGAUGAAUUUUAUUGUUAAAAGUUCAGUAUUUCUUUCUUUUAUUGUAUUUUCUCAAUAUUAGUC